UUAUCAGCAGGAUUGCUGUGAAGGAAGGUAGGCUCUUUUUCAAGCUCUCAUUUCAUGUAUUAAAGCAAAGCUAGUGAGCCUGUACUGUUGGAAUAUGCCAAAUUAAAACAGUGUUUUUCUUAUGCUUUUCAUUUUGAAUACCCUCUUGUCAAAGUGGGAAAAUUACAAUGAGCAAUUGUUUUGGGAAGCAGCACAUCCAGAACACCUGCCUGAGUCUCAGGAGACUUUGCCACUGACUGGCUCGGAGAUCAUAGAAAUCUUCCAUCCAGUCCCAAAUGAUUGCUCAAGCACAGUCAAGAUGCAGACCAAUGGAUCUUCAGAAAACUGUGUUGAUCCUAAUAUAACAUUUAAAAACUCUCUAUAUGCCGCUACUUACACGGUAAUAUUCAUACCUGGUCUUCUGGCAAACAGUGCUGCAUUAUGGGUUUUAUGUCGCUUCAUCAGCAAGAAAAACAAAGCUGUCAUUUUUAUGAUUAACUUGGCUGCGGCAGAUCUUGCUCAUGUGCUCUCAUUACCACUACGAAUAUAUUAUUAUAUAAACCAUGUGUGGCCUUUUGGGAGUUUCCUCUGCUUAUUAUGUUUCUACCUGAAGUAUCUCAACAUGUAUGCAAGCAUUUGUUUCCUCACCUGCAUCAGCAUUCAAAGGUACUACUUCCUUCUCCAUCCAUUCAAAGCCAAAGACUGGAAGCGCAGGUAUGAUGUUGCCAUUAGUACUGCUGUAUGGAUCUUUGUUGGGGUUGCUUGCUCACCAUUUCCAAUUAUGAGAAACUCUGGCUUAACCAACAGUUCAAAUUCCUGCUUUGCGGAUCUUGAAGUCAAGAAAAUAAACAGUAGCGCCGCUUCUGUGAUGAUGGUGAUUAUAGCUGAGCUUUUAGGAUUUGUGGGCCCUCUAAUCAUUAUUGUAUACUGUACCUGGAGAACAAGACAGUCACUUCAGAAAUACCAAACACCUUUGGAAAAUACCAGUGAAAAACAGAGAGCUUUACGCAUGGUUGCUAUGUGUGCAGCAGUGUUCUUUGUAUGUUUCACACCGUACCACAUCAACUUCUUCUUCUACAUGAUGGUGAAAGAGAAUGUUAUUACACACUGUGCCAUACGCCGAAGCACUCUGUACACUCAGCCAUUUUGCUUAAGCCUAGCAAGCCUAGACUGUUGUUUGGAUCCUAUCCUGUACUUCUUUACAACAUCCGAAUUUCAGGAUCAGUUAUCGAGACACAGCAGCGCAAUCAUCCGGAGUCGUCUUAUGAGCAAGGAGAGUGGCUCAUCAAUCAAGGAAUAAAUACUGAAAGUCUUUGGAAAUAUAUAAAACAAUGCUCAUUUAAGAUCAGCAAUCACGUGUUGUGUGUGUUGGAGGCUGGAGAGCCCCUGGCUGUAUUGAGCUGGGGUGAUGCCUCACCUAGCCUGCUUGAACUAGAACAAGCUGUAGGGAGCGGUGUUGCCUUUGCAGGAGUUGGUCUGAGUGGGCUAGUAGCUCUUCUCUAGCUUCUGUAGUUUUAUGAUCAAGCCAAAGACACUCCAAACAGGGAGGCCCAGUGUGCCCCCCUCUCAGCAACUGCCCUUUUCCAACAGAAAUACAGCACAGCAUGGGAAAGUGAAGGUCGGAAAUAAUUAAACAAAACAAACUUGCUUGAGGUCAAAGCACCAAGUGCAGCCUGCUCAGAGUUUGCAGCUUGAUUCAACAUGGCAACCAUGUUUCCAAAGAUACACAGUUGCCUGUCUACUCUAUGGUGCCUAGCACUACCAUUGAUCCAUUAGAGCUUGCUGUUGGCACUAAGCCAACUCUCUCUAUUUCUAAGCACUUAUCUCUAUUUCACACUUUCUUUCCACCUUUUCCAUUUUUUUGUUCUCUCCCUCUGUUUUCUAUACUUUUCUCUUCUUCCAGCUCAAACUUUUUUAUUUUUUGUUACACACAGGUGACUGUGUAUCCUCCCCUGCCCUCCCACAGCAGCCCAUGUGACUCUGGGACUAAAUUCUUCAGCUGAUCUCCACAAACAGUAUGUCCUCUUCAGCCAGCUGCCUCUUCCUCAGCCACCCAUAGUCAAAGUGUGCUAUACGGUGUGGGACCUUCACACCAGGACAGCAGGCCCCAUUUUCCCCUGUUGCAUGCAGUUCUCUUCUGUUAAGCGUUUCACAGUUGGUCCAUGCAGUAAAAAGAUUAAGUAAAUUAAACUAACAAAUAAAUAAGCAAAAAGAGUUAUCUGCCCACAAUCAUUGCACUAAUUAAAAAAGAGGCCUAAUUAACAGAGUAAAUUAUUAAUAAUUCCCUCAGUUCUAAUGGUGACCUUAGUUUGAGAGCUCCCAUAAAUACAUUAGCUAUUCAAAUAUUCAAGCAAAUUGCAAAGUUUUAUUUUGUAUAAAGCAGAAAUUAGCACCUCUUAAUAAUGUUUAUAUAAAUUACAAUUAUUGCAUCAAAUUCAUCCCUAAAGUAACUCCAAUGAUUUCAGUGGAUUUAUACCUGGAAUUGAUUUAGUCAGAUAUGCGUAUGUACUGAUUAGUAGCAACAGCAGCUACAUCAUGCAAAAGUAAGCCUCAAAACUGUAUAACACAAGUAAAAGAAGCCAAAACACUUUAAUUGUAUUACUUUUUGGCCCAGGUAAAAAUGCUGUUCCAUUUAGUGUCUCCCAGGUCUGAGGGGGUUGCGAGGGUGGGUGGGAAUGUAGCCUAGGUUUAAAUAAUGAUUACUCUGGGUAUUAUCUUUAAUGGCAAACGAUUAAAUUAUGUUGACAAUAAGCUAGGUAGUCCACCUACCAUUUUUUUAAAGGUCAGUGAUAUAGUUUUUAUAUAUGCAGUUGUUUUUAAAGGGAUAUUUCAACGUUCACACAUGUAACAAGGAAAUAUACUUUAAUAAAAGGUAUUAUUCCUAGCUUCUCUAGAUUCUUAAUGAAAAGUUGUUCAAUGAGUAACUAGUCCAAAGCUCAUUGAAAUCUGUGAAAGGCUGCCAUUGCCUUAACUGGACACUGUAUUUUACCAAAGACUUACACAUAUACUUUAACUUUAUGCAUGCAAGUAUUCCAGCUGAAGAAGAAAUUUAAAUACAUGUAUAAGACUUUGCAGGACUGGGGCCUAAGUGUAUAUAUUCAAGCCUGUACAAUGCAAUUUUUAUUAGUUUUUUUUUCAAUCAACCUUCUUUCUCCUGGGCUUUGAACUGUUCAGUUUACUAUCAUGUCAUUCAAUCUGUAAUUAUUAUUUCUGUAAGAACUUUUACAUACCUUGGUCUGCUGUUGGGAAGUGUUUACUGUAAUUCCUUCAAGCUACUGUUUUGUGCUUUAUCUGGUUGAGACACAAAUGUUUAAAGUACUGCAGUGACAUCCAAAUAGCUUGUCUUUCAUUUUAAUUUGCAAAAUCAUGCUUAAAAAUAAAUCAG